GCGCUUUUCCACCAAACUUGAACGUGUGCCCGCCUGCGGGCUCUGUGUUUAGGGAGCGUUCUAGCUUUGCGUGCGGGCUUGGGAGCGGGCAGAAAACAUGAGGCGCCAGGCCGUGACCUGCCUGCGCGGCCUCUGGCGCGCUGGCUCGGCGAGCCAGGAGGUUGCCAACCAGGCUGGAGCUUCUUCAUUUGCCCUCCAGGGCCUGCUGGCGCAGACGGAGCGGGGUCUGCGGACCAGCGUGGACGCCAAGGAUGCUAAGAUUGCGCCGCUGUCGGCGAUGCCGUGGUCGCUCCAGGCGGCCCGCAGCGCCACCGCUGAGGCGCUCACUCCGGCGAAGGUGAACAACUUCACGCUGAACUUCGGCCCCCAGCACCCCGCCGCGCACGGCGUGCUGCGCCUGGUGCUGGAGAUGCAGGGCGAGAUUAUCAUGCGCGCGGACCCUCACAUCGGCCUGCUGCACCGCGGUACCGAGAAGUUGCUGGAGUACAAGACUUACCUGCAGGGCCUGCCCUACUUUGACCGGCUGGACUACGUGUCCAUGAUGUGCAUGGAGCACUCGUACGUGCUGGCCAUCGAGCAGCUGCUCAACGUGUCCGUGCCCCUGCGCGGCCAGUACAUCCGCGUGCUGUUCAGCGAGAUCACGCGCGUGCUGAACCACCUGCUGGCCAUCACCUGCCACUCCAUGGACGUGGGCGCGCUGACGCCCUUCCUGUGGGCCUUCGAGGAGCGCGAGAAGCUGUUCGAGUUCUACGAGCGCGUGUCCGGCGCGCGCAUGCACGCGGCCUACUUCCGCGUGGGCGGCGUGAGCCAGGACCUGCCCAUUGGCCUGCUGCGCGACGUGUACGACUGGGCGCGCCAGUUCGCCAGCCGGCUGGACGAGAUGGAGGAGCUGCUGACGGGCAACCGCAUCUGGAAGGAGCGCACCGUGGACGUGGGCACCAUCACCGCGCAGAUGGCCUGGGACUGGGGCUGCUCCGGCCCCAUCCUGCGCGCCUCUGGCAUUGACUGGGACCUGCGCAAGACGCAGCCGUACGAUGCGUACGGCAAGAUGCAGUUCAACGUGCCCAUCGCCGGCCACGGCGACUGCUACGACCGCUACCUGGUGCGGCUGCAGGAGAUGCGCGAGUCGCUGCGCAUCAUCUACCAGUGCCUCAACGAGAUGCCCGACGGCCUGUACAAGAGCCCCGACGGCAAGGUGUGCCCGCCCAGCCGCUCCACCAUGAAGCAGUCCAUGGAGGCGCUCAUCCACCACUUCAAGCUCUACACCGAGGGCUUCCACGUGCCCGCCGGCGAGACCUACCGCGCCGUGGAGGCGCCCAAGGGCGAGUUCGGCGUGUACCUGGUGUCGCGCGGCGGCAACCGGCCCUACCGCUGCAAGAUCCGCUCGCCCGGCUACGCGCACCUGCAGAUGACGGACGUCAUCAGCCGCGGCGCCAUGCUGGCGGACGUGGUGACCAUCAUCGGCACCCUGGAUGUGGUGUUCGGCGAGAUCGACAGGUAAAGGGCCGGAGGGAGGAGGCCCGGAGGAAGACGCCCGAGAGCCGAAAGCAGCAGCGUCAAGCCGGCAAUGAAGGCAGCAGGAGGAGCUGGAGGUGUGGGAGAGGAGGCUGGGCGAGAAACCUUCAGGAGGUAGGGCUGCUGGCGACGAGGCCAGGGCACUGGCGUCACCAUGUGUCGGUCGGGCCCAGCGGCUGUUGCAGCGGGCGGCGUGGAGUGAGGCGUGUAGGUGCCGGCCACGUAGGGCUGCGGCUGGAGAGGGCGCGCCUUGGGCGCAGCGAGCUUAUCUGUAGUAUGCAUGCACGUCUUGUUGGGGUGCGGUGUCGCGCGUGGAGCUGAGGUGUGUGAACCGGUCGCGGCGUGUCGGGCCUGUGUCACCUGCUGGCGGUUGGGAGCGCGUUAGCAACAUCGGCUUGACAAACUGACUUAGAUUUGAUGAUAGGAAGGUAGCUUUUCUCGGCAAGUUUGAACUCAAAAGUGCGUUAUCGCGGAAGAACGUGUAGGCGUAUGGCCUUUCGGCCCUGGCCGAAGCACUGUGCGUAGGACGGCUUGCUUUUUAGUUGCAGUUUGCACCUCUACUUACGAAUGUAAAAUGCCGUCUAG